GAUAAGGCGAAGAGAAUGAACGCCAAAGAAACAAUAAACCACAAAUAGCUAUAUACUAAUUAGCCUUUUGGCCAUAAAGGUGACUGUGAAAGAAAAUACAAAUCUUUCAGUUGGUGAUCAUACUUUGAGGAGAAUACAUAGAACGCGCACCAUUACGCAAGAAAAAGAAAAACUCGUGCAUACAGUGCUCUUGAAAUACUAAAAUAGCAAUUUAAUAAUAUACAGAUUUUCCACAAAAUGGACAUAUACCAAGUGACGGGAUUGAGAAAACCAGAAAUUGUCGAACGUAUUGAAAAAUACAAUGAUUUAGAUGAACCAACCAAGGAAUUGAUACAGGCAGCUAUUGCCGCAAAGGGGCGUGCCUAUGUUCAAUACAGUAACUUUCCUGUUGGCGCAGCUUUCCGCGCUAAGGACAACCGCAUCUUUAGCGGCUGCAACAUUGAAAGUGCCAGUUUCACGCCGACAACUUGUGCUGAGCGCACGGCUCUCUGCAAAGCCGUAAGUGAAGGCUAUACGGAGUUUGUUGCCGGUGCAGUUGUGGCCUAUCAAGAGAAUGCCUUUACAACGCCUUGCGGUGUGUGUCGCCAAUUCAUAAUGGAAUUCGCGCCUAACGAUAUACCACUAUUUAUUACAAAAUCACAACCGAAUGUUGAGAAGAGUAACGAUGAUUUCGUGCUUGCAACUUCUAUUUACAAUCUGCUGCCUCACGGAUUCCGCACAUACAAGAAGAAUUGAUGCAUCCACACAUACGCAUGUAUGUACAUACUGUAUACAUGUGAGACAAAGAUAACUGUGUUGAUCCCCACCAAUAAUUGGAGUUUACAGUUUAAUCAUAUCAAACUAUGGACCUCACUUAAAUACUUAUACCGUUAUUGUGUGCAAUAAAGAGAGUAAAUUAAGAAACUUGCUGAUUGCAAUAGUAAAUACGUAUGUACAUACUUAAGAUGAUAUGUAAUUUUAUACUUGUGCGCAUAUAACAAUAACAAAUACGUACAUACAUACACACAUAUAAAUGU